AUGGAAGCAGCUAUUGCUCAGAGGGUUCACUACCCAUCAUGGGUUGAUUGUAGAAAGUUCGAGAGGAAGCCGCACGGUUCGUUGCGGUAUUCUCAGAGAAUUAAGGAAGAGAAAAGGUUCAGAGGUGUUGCUUUGGCUCAUUUGCAACCUGAAAGAAGAAAUGAUCGACGUGGAUCAGUUUCUUCAGAGGUUUCAUGUUCUGAUAACAACUCUGCAGCAUUGUUGCAAGCAGGAAGUGUUCAUCCAUUUGAUGAAGAUCUAAUUCUGAAGAGUAAAGCAGAAGAGGUUAAACCGUAUCUGUAUGGACGAUCAAUAUACCUUGUUGGAAUGAUGGGUUCCGGGAAAACAACGGUGGGGAAGUUAAUGUCUAAAGUGCUCGGAUAUUCGUUCUUGGACUGCGACACUUUGAUUGAGCAGGCGAUGGAUGGAACUUCUGUGGCAGAGAUAUUUGUGCAUCACGGUGAAAGUUUCUUUAGAGGAAAGGAGACCGAUGCUCUAAAGAAUCUCUCGUUGAUGUAUCAAGUUGUUGUUUCCACCGGUGGUGGUGCAGUUAUAAGACCCAUUAACUGGAAGUAUAUGCAUAAAGGAAUCAGCAUUUGGCUAGAUGUGCCUCUAGAAGCCUUAGCUCAUAGAAUCGCUGCUGUUGGAACUAAUUCAAGACCAUUGCUACACGAUGAUUCAGGAGAUGCAUACACUGUGGCUUUCAAGCGUCUUUCGAGUAUUUGGGAUGAGCGUGGUGAAGCAUACACGAACGCCAAUGCCAGAGUCUCCUUAGAAAAUAUUGCAGCUAAGCGUGGCUAUAAAGAUGUAUCAGAUCUCACACCAACUGAAAUCGCCAUUGAGGCUUUUGAGCAAGUUCAGAGCUUUCUAGAAAAAGAAGAAACUAUGGAGAUCCCCGACGGCGACCUCUAG